AAAUUCAGCUCUAUUCGGAAUAAACCGCUAAGUUUGAGCAAAUUUGCAUUGCUGGUGUUUACGUUCUAUGAACUUAUUGAACAGUUUGUUCUCGAUUGUGGUCAAGUGCAAUACAAAAUGAGUUUCGAUACUGGACUCGCUUCGCAAAGUUCACAAAAUUCACAGAGUUCAUUUGGUUUGGGUGAUUACGAUUUGCUCGAUAUUGAUCAACCACCAACAUGCAGCUCAUUCAGUUUUCCGUUACCCAAGGCCAGAUAUCCGAGUCAAUUGAUUCUGCCGAAGAAACAAUCAAACAGCGAUAUUGAUAGUGGUUUUGAUUUUACAUCAAGUGCAUCGACCGAAACACGGAAAUCUCAGGCAAGUGUUCAGUUAUUGGCGUCUCAAAGGGUGGUUUCGAGACAAAAAGACACAGUUUCGAUCAGCGACGAUUCAUUCAAUUCGAAUGACACGGAAACAGACAGUGAAUUGGAGAGACAUGCACAAAGUCAAGGCGAUGGACAACGUCAUGAAUGGAGCAAUUCAAGUGGUUCACAAGAGGCUGAUUAUGGAGAGUGUUACGAUGAGGAAAUGCCAUUGUCUGGUGUCACUACGGCUGAAGAAGAGGAAAAUCGCGAACAGUCACAACAACUCAGUGAUAUGCCCAAUUUCAUUCUGCCCGAAUUCGAUUCGAUCUUGAAGCUGUACUCAAAAAUCAAAUCACAGUACUCAGACUGUGCAUUCGUUUAUGCUCUCGCUUCGAAUAUGUGCAAAGACCUCUAUCCAAAGAACAGUUACAUUUCACUCAAAACAGCACUUUUGCUGAGCAUCGUCUCAUGCGACGUUCGAAGCGAUGCGCAGCCGAUUUCAAUCAUGGCUAUAACACGUGAUUCGGAAAUCGCUUCGUCAGUCAUGAGACGGAUUGGCGACAUUUCGAGGAGAUUUAUUUGCAUAAACGACGAUUUGAAAUUCAACGGCAAAUGUUCGCAUACCAAAACUAUUGAUUCAAACUCAUUGCUAAUGGCACGUAAUGGCGUCUGUUUUAUUGGAGAUUGGCUAGGAUUGAAACCGGCAUCAUUGAAUUAUUUGCAAAACGUGAUGGAUAGUAGUCGAGUGACAGCCGAUUCCACGUCGAACAUUGCAUACGCAUUGAAAUGUGCCAUUUGGAUGUAUUGGUCGUGCUCAGCAAAAAAGAUGAGCCAAAAUCAAAAGGACUUGACCAGCAUUUCAAAGCUGUUUGGAAUCCCUGUUGUGUUGGAUGAAACACCCAGUCAAGAAGUGAUCGACUUUCUCUUUGCACAGUGUGCCAUAAACCAAACGGAUAAGCAGAACGAUGUGGGCGACAACAUUGAUGAAAAUACAAUCAAAGCCUAUUUGAACUUUGUCUCCAGAAUUCCAACACAAUUCGACGUUGAAGCAUUGUCAAUGCUGAAAUUCUAUUUCAUCAUUACGCGAUCCAUACGACCGAAUAUUUUAACACCAACGAGUUUUGACAUUCUUCAGCGAUUGAGUGAGUGCCAUGCAAAAUUGUGCCUGCGAACAGAGGUUCUGAAGAUCGAUGUGACGUACGCGAUUGAAUUGUUCGAGGAGUUUGUGCUCAGUGUGUUUGCAGGUCAAGUGAUAACCAAACCAAUGCCAAACCUUAUGCCGAGCACCUACGAACAGGUUGAUGACAAUAUGCGGAAAUUUGUACAAUGGUUGGACGGCUAUAUGUCGAAAAUCAAUGAAAAUGUGCACACAUUCUUCCAAGAAAGGCUUUGAUCCAUAGAAAUGAGUAACUCGCCUCGCACGUAAUCGUUCCUAAUCACAUCCACUUGACACAUUCAUGGCAGGCCAAUGAAAACGAUAAUUUUUCCUUUCAAUAAACUACUACGGCUCUCACGUGUGUUCAAGUAUCAGUUGUAAUCGACAUUCAAAUCGGUCAUUAUUUCUUGUUUACGAUUAUUAUGUCAACAAAAUGCGUUGAAAUCUUUAUGUUGCCAUUGUUGCCUUAUUAUAUGUAACAAUAUCUGAUUUUGUAAACAAGCUGUUGAACAAUUUCAACAAACGUUUUUUUUUAUCGAAUUGUUUGACAUUUUAAAUCGAACAUAUCAAUUGGUUUAUCAGUUCCAUGGAUUUUAAUUCGAUCAACACACACUUGAGAGUUAGCAUAAGAGCGCAUUUAGGUUAGGCGGUACUUAAAUAAUGUUUAUUUGAACAAGAGUACAAAGAACAAAUCUCAUUUUGUCUUAAAUCUAUUUUCCACGAGUUUUUUUUUAGAUGUAAUUAUUUUAUAAAAAAAAUUUAGUUGCUUUCACAUAAUGAGCAUAGUAUAUCUAAGGACUAAUAAAUGCCACAAAAUCAAAAAUUAAGAAUAAAUAAAAUGAUUGGUUUAACUUAAAGAUAA